AGAAACUUAAAUUUUUUCCCAUAAUCUUGUUGUGCUUGUUGGUGGUCGGGUGUACAAGAUGAAGCUCCUGGUGUACUACUCUCUGGCGUUAAUGGUCGUGGUCAAUGCUGCUCCUAGCCAGCCCAUGACGGUGAAAGUAGUUGAUCGUGAGGAGAAUGUUUCAUCAGCCAAGACACCACGACACACUUGGUUUAUCAACACCCACAGGAGCGACACACUGCCCGGGACUGGUGGUGACCAAGAUGAAACUGGCGUGGAGGUAGACAGAGACGACAACACUAGCUUGGCCUCCAUCGAUAGUGCUGAGGAUAAGGUCACUAGUGAUGAGUCCAGUGUUUUGACUGACCUCUGCCAAAUGGAAAAGGACUUAUACCUGAUCCACUUACUUCUGGGUCAUAGUUCGAACCCCAAUACCAACCGAUGCGCCAGUUUCGGUACCCGGGUUCACUUCGAUAUGUCUGAUAACGAACCCAAAGACGACUACUUCGACUACCACGACUACAACUACGACAACAAUGGUGGUUCUGGUAGUGGUAUGUUCGGAUUCCCUGGCUUUGACUUCGAUUCAUCAAAGUUCCCCGGUUACUCGACGUUUGAUAUCGAACGCAAAGACGACUCCUUCGACUACUACGACUACGACAACAAUGGUGGUUCUGGUAGUGGUAUGUUCGGAUUCCCUGGCUUUGAUUUCGAUUCAUCAAAGCUCCCCGGUUACCCGAGCUGGCUACCGGAGUCGCCGAGUAUCCCCAAGGUAGACGACCUCCCCGACAAUUACGACAACUCUACACACGAUGUCCAUCUAGUGAACGGGACCAGAGUCGAAGUAAACACGACCACAAACAAGAAAAGUGGAGAUGGCUUCACCUCCUUCUAUCACCACCAGUUUAUCAACAUCCGACCUGACCAAGUACCUGAUGACGAAGAUAAGGAGACACCGCAGGUGAAGGAAGACACUGAUGAGGAAGAAACCGUUGGUGAGGAGGAAGGCGUUGGUGAAGAGGAAGGCGUUGGUGAGGAGGAAGGCGUUGGUGAGGAGAAAGUACCAGUGUACGACGAGGAACUUCUGGUGAUACCUCAAGUUGAGAACGAGGUCAGCUCUUCAGAUUUCCCUGCCCACAUCCCCAACCUGAACGAGGUCAGCUCUUCAGAUUUUCCUACCCUCAACGAGGUGGUGCCAACAGAACACGUGGCCACGGACGAGGGACUCGUUGGAGGAGGCGGAGGUGUGAAGCUCCUACGAUCUCGCCGUUCACUCAACACUAUCCAUUUCCCUCAACCCGCCAAACCCGCUGCCUAUGUGGAUCAAGACACCGAGGAAGUGGAUGUGGAUGAGGGCCACCAUCCAAAACCAGACCUAAGUUCCGACACCUUGGUUAACCACGUUAACAGAGACCACCAAGGUCUUAGUAAAGUGGAUCCCGACGCUGAGAUCUUCAAUUUGACUUUGGUCUUGAACGAAGGUAAACUCAAAGAUAAUGAUGAUGAUAAAUAAAUAUUCACCCAGGUAUAAUAUAAGUCUUAUAAUGAAGCAUAAUAGUAUUUUGGUUCCUAAUUGAGUGUGUAUAACUUGCCAUAGAGUACAAUGUAGAAAAUAAAUGAUUUGGUUGGAGACGUUGACAACGGUAGGAAACGCCUGUAUACUGUAGGUGUAAUCGGAGACUUGUUCAUGUACCUGUAAAAACUAAACACUUUUAACACUAAGAUAAAAAAAAUGACAAGGCACAGAUACAACUAUAAACAUUUACCACUAGGAAAUAGCUUUAACCAUUUUAACAAUAGGGUAUAAUUAUAUUUUUAACACAAUGGUACAACCAAAUUAACACACGGGUACAACUAUACACAUUUAACACUGAAACAGCUAUAAACAUUUAACACAUACAAUAAUAAACAUUUAACACUUUGAAACUACUACAAACAUUUAACACUGAAACUUCUAUAAACAUUUAACACUAAUGCAACUAAACAUUUUAACACUACAACACUCACUGUUUGAACUCCGAUGCUAUACUGUAUUUAUUGGACACCACUCUCACGCUAUUUAAUGAAUUAUAGUUUAUUUUGUAUGUACGAGUAAAAUAUGAAUGAUUAAUGCAUAGUAAAAUGGUUUGUAUUGAUCAAAUUCGACAAGCUCACUUUCAGCACCAGACCUCAACACUCCAAGGCGGGAACUGUGACGUCAUAACAGAGGUGUUAGUUCUAAACUGAACUUCACCUAAUAAUACUUCUGAAUAUUUUUUUAUUUAGCUGUCAAAAUGAUUACAAUAAUUUGGUUUAAACUUCAAAGCAAUUUAAUUUUUAUUUAUUUUCUUUAAACGAGCACGAAUAAGCGAUAAACUGGUUAAUUGAAGACGCUCAUGAAAAUGCACGGAUUUGAAGAAAAACGGUCAUAGACUUGCGUGGUCAUCCGAUAUACACAUUUUAAAACUACUCUAAAACUAUAAUUGUUUUAACACUACGAUACAACUUUACAAUUUUCAACACUAGAGUACAACUAAGGAAUAUUACAAGGUGAACGCCCUUAAAUUUUCUUAAGGUCCAGUCACUGGCGCCAUCUAUAGGUCAAACCAGAAAUCGUAGAGAAAUGUCUAAUGCUUGAGAAAAUGGCUAUUUAUUAAUGGUAACUCCAAUAUUUCAUGCUGAUUUCACUUUCUCUGCCAUCCGUAAUCAAUUAAUUAAUUAUUUUGGAUAUUAACCAUUUUACUACUUCUCAGCUUAUUGACCGUUCGGGCAGUUUAACACUAGGCUCGCUGACUUGUUUUAUAGUCAUGUAAUAAUAAUGAUUUUUAACUAUAUAACCAAAUGCCAGUACAAUACAGAUAUAUAAAUUGCCAUAAAUGUUUAUAUUUCAUGUAAAUAUAACCAAAGAUAUUAUCAAGGAAUUGCUCAAUAACCCUUUCUUAAAGAAAUACACAAAUUACCGUAGAUUUUCAUAAUGUUAACUGAUAUUAUCACAGGGAAAUGUUCAUUAGCCUUAAAUAUAUAAAAUACUAUAAAGCUCUAUAUAAUAUUUGUUUGUAAAGAAUGACAAUAAAACCAAAUUCCUA